AUGUUCUUCAGCUCUGUUGCCCUUUCCCUCAUGGCCCCUGCCCUUUGCCUGGGCUGGCCAGUAGACUACACCGGAUUCAAGAAAGCAUCCUCCAAGCACAAGAUGGAGCCCUGCAAGAAUGCUUCGUCUUUCAACCUCCUCACCUACAACGUGGCCGGCCUCCCAGAAAUCAUCAACCGCAACGGCAUUGAGGACAAGAAGCUCGCCGCGGCCCGUAUUGGCCUGCAUCUUCGUGAGGAGGCAUACGAUGUUGUCCACCUUCAAGAGGACUUUCAUCUUCACGACCGCAUCACUACCAACGACAACCACACUUACCAGACUUUCUCUUCUGGCGAUGUCAUAGACGGCGACGGCCUUAAUACAUUUUCUUGGUACAACUGCUCCAUCUUUGAUCGCUACACCUGGAAGGAGUGUGCUAUAAACGGCGGCGACUGCCUGACUCCUAAGGGUUUCACAUACAUGACAUCUCACAUUGACGGUCUGGAGGUUGAUCUCUACAAUCUCCACGCGGACGCUGGAAAUCAGUGGCCCGAUCGAUUGGCUCGCUCCGAAGGACUUGACCAGCUUCUUCGACACAUCAAAAAGCACUCCAAUGGCCGACCCGUCAUUCUCGCCGGUGACUUCAACGACGUGUGGACCCACCCCAAGCGCACUAUCAACAAACUGACAGAUGCCGGCUUCACCGAUGCUUGGGUCAAGCUCCAUCACAACGGCACCAUUCCCGAGAACAACGGGAAGAGCAACGGGUGCGCCCACCCACCCCAGAACAACUCAUGUGAGGUUGUGGACAAGGUUUUUUAUCGAUCUGGCAAGUUUGUGCACCUAGAUGCCGUCAAGUUCAACUACGAGUCUGAGAUCUUUGUCACGAAAUAUAACUCACCCUUGUCGGAUCAUGCCCCCGUCCGUGUUGAUUUCGCCUGGUCCCGCAAGGCGGUCAAGGAUCAUAAAGAGGUUAAGGAACCCAAGAUGCCUGAGGAGGUUGAGGAACCUGAGCAGUCUGAGCAGCCCGAGAAGGCUAAGGAGGCUAAGAAGUACAAGGGGAUGAAGAAGCCUAAGGAGAUGAAGAAACCCCAGCAGACAGAGAAGAAGGAGAAAAAGGAGAAGACUACGAAGGUUGAAGAGCCUAAGAAGUCUGAAGACCCUAAGCCAAUUCUAUACCCAAUGGCCCGAGGAGCCUAA